CCAUUCCGGAAAGGGUCUCGGGGGGGAGGGGGGUCAACUUGACCUCCCACCCAAGUGCGUGUUAAUCGAAAUUGGCGAUACACAGUUGUCCCCAUUAUACUCGGCGUUUUGAAAGAAGGUAUCCUUCCACAAGCGAUCCGCAACAAAAACCUGGAACAAAGCAAAAGGAAAUACCUUGGCCUCACCUCAAACCAGCAAUAAGUAAUUCACUACAAUCGUACUUCAUCCUCGUCGGUUGGAAGAGUUUCUCUCCUUCACUGGACAAAAAGGUCUUAUAGUCCCGCAUCUCUCUCGAAACCUUGAGAUGUUAGGGCGAAGCGGAAAGCCAACAUCGGAUAGCUCAAGUAAAAGAGCGCUGAUGAGUGGAUCAUUCAACUAGAACGCCAGUACAGUACACUUUUUGAUGCGUCAAAAUUGGUUAGCGUCAUUAAAAACAUUAUUUAGACCGCUUUCUUCCUCCAAAACUAUGUGCGGUGAUGGAAAAACGAUGUUGAAAAGCACUCCGUGCACGAAUAACAUUCCGAUAGCAACACUGCCGCUGAUGGUGACAACAUUAUAGGGCUGCGAAUUUCCUUAUCCCACCGGUCGGACGGCUUUUUUGGUCGCGUUUUCAAGAAUCAUCACCAUCAUCCUGAUAGCAGUUCGAUAAAUGAGCCUGACAUCACAGCCCAGUCACUUCAAAUGGAGGGAAACAGUCACAUCCCGAUAAGAGUACGAUAAGACAUAAGGUCACGACAGCUGAGCAAGCUGGCCCGAUGGGCUCUGCCCGCCCGUCAGACGAACACCGCGCUGUGUCUGAGGAGCCAGCAUGGUGGGCCUGCGUCUGGUGCUGGCGGCGGCACUCUGUGUGGCUCGGACCAGCGGCACCGACUACGGGGACCUCGUGCACCUGCACGGAAAUGGCUGGCCCCUAGUGGACCUGUGGUCGAGACUGCUGUACGCCCGACGGGAGUUUGACCACCAAACACCUGCAGCGCACGACCAGUCCAAUCCGCAGCGGACUGGCAAGCACAGCGGAGAUCUGCCUGUUCGACUGGAGCUGGAGACGGAUGUCGACAUUCAUGAGCCGACCCACCCUGACCUGGGGCUGGGUCCCGACCUCCAGGACCAGGCGAUCGCGAAGGCAGUCGGUCCGUACAUCACGCCGAUCGCCAACCCCGAUGCCAGCGCGGCUUGCCUGGAGGACAGUAUAACGUACCUGAACCACAUUACCAAAGAACGAUGGGCCAUGCAGAUGUUUGACUCUACAGGCAAGAUGCCUGAUGGCAUUCUGGAGGGCAAUGUAAACCCGAUGGGCAACUGGGACGAAUGUCUCAACACCACAGCGUUCUUCAACGACACGAGCUUCAUCGGGAAGUACUGUGUGGCGUCUCUCUCCAAGUCGGGCGAGUCGGCCAGCCGCAGCCACCUGCUGCGGCAAACAGCACCGGUAGCUAACCUGGAUGUGGCCCCUAUCCUGCCCGCACUUCCGGACGGAACGGUUGCCACUGUAGGUGUGUGCAUACCGUCCACCUGCACUGCCGAGGAACUCACCCUGGGACUUGACAUCGCGCUACGGCAGCAGAAAGUUAGUGCAUAUAUUCCCGAUUACCUGUGUUACACCAGGGAGGACAAGACGGAACUCACGACCGCCGCCAUCGUCAUGAUUGUCAUUCUGUCCCUGACCGGACUGUACAUGGUGAUCGGUACGGUAGUGGACCUCAUCGCUGUGCAAGCCGAGGACAGACCAGACUCUGCCUGGUCAGCCAUCGAUGCGGCAGUUCGGUGGAUUCUAACUCCCACGAUUCGGCGCGUUUUCCUCGCGUUCUCCGUCUACACCAACGGACGCAAGCUUUUAGACACCUCCUCCACCAAAGACACCUUAAACUGUUUGCAUGGAAUACGUUUUCUCUCCAACACCUGGGUCAUCCUCGGUCACAAUUAUGCAUUUGUUCCUUACUUUAAGAAUCAGAACAUCCUCAAGGUGUAUUCCUAUUAUAACGACCUUGCUUUCGCAGCAAUCGCUAACGCAACGGUGUCAGUUGAUUCCUUCUUUUUCCUGAGUGGCCUGCUAGUGGCAUACAUCGCUUCGCGCGGCAUUGAAAGAGCCCACGGCAGAUUCAACAUCAUCAUGUUCUAUGUACACCGCUACAUCCGUCUGACACCGGUCAUGAUGAUCAUCAUCGGAUUCAUAUCCACUUUAUACGUCUAUCUGGGCUCAGGACCUUUAUGGGGAGCAACGAAUCUCGGAACUCCAAAGACCUGUCAAGACAACUGGUGGCAGAAUCUGCUGUAUAUUAACAACCUGGAAGAUACAAACGCUUUGUGCUUGGGGCAGACCUGGUACCUGGCCAACGACAUGCAGAUGUUCAUUUUCUCUCCGCUGGUCUUGCUCCCGCUGUACCACUGGCCUGUUGUAGGUCAGCUGUGGCUCAUCUUCCUCGUCUGUUUCUUCACCGGUAUCAACGCCAUGAUUACAGCAAUCCACAAGAUAGGGCCAAAUGGACCUCUACCUGGAGGGGACGACUUUAACCUGCGCUACAUGAAGCCGUGGACAAGGGCUGGACCUUACUUGGUGGGGCUGUACAUGGGGUGGAUUCUGCAUAAGAUUCGCGGCCGCAAGAUCCGCCUUCCAGCGCCUGUAGUCGCCAUCGGCUGGAUCACGGCUUCCCUCACCGGCUGCCUCAUUGUGUACGGCAUGUUCGACUACAACAGAUUUGAUGCUGGACAUGCGGACCCAUCCAAAACCACCAGCAUAGUAUACGGCAUGCUGAACCGCACCGCCUGGAGCGUCUGCCUGGCCUGGGUGGUGUUUGCCUGCGUCACUGGGUACGGCGGAAUCGUCAACACCCUUCUCUCAUGGAAAGCCUUCAUUCCACUGAGCCGGCUGACCUACACAUCCUACCUCGUAUCCAUCGACAUUCAAUUUUACUACUGGUUGACAAACAAGUCAGCUAUGUACUUGGACCAAACGCUCUUAGUCUACGUGUUUCUUGGCUCACUGCCGGUGAUCUUCACUGUCGCUGCCAUUUUCUCCCUGGCGUUCGAGUCGCCAAUGAUAGCGUUGGAGAAGAUCAUCUUCCCCCAGCCGCCCAGUGCGGCAUCCCCCGCCCCUCCUCAGCACACGGGUACCGAGCCCGGGGCAGAGGCGGCCGUGCCCGGUCGAGACGGCAAGACCAACGCCGGCUUUGAGGAAGAUGUCGUCGCGGCACAAACAGGGCACACGCGGCCGCACUCUCUCGUGGAUGAGAGACCGACGGGGCAGGUCGAAGCAAUCAGCAAACACACCUCACAACCACCAACGCCGGGUAGCCCCUCCGUAUAAUGCUCAUAUAUUGAUCCACAGUGUUAUCGUCACGAAAUUGCAUUCAGUAAUGCAGGAUGUCAAUCGAGCAUCAAAAGAACACCUGUAACGUUGCUACCUUUCCUCGACAUCCUUCUGUUAUCUUCAUAAUUUUGCUUGUGGUUGGUGAUAGACUCUGUAUAAAUUGCUUAUGCUGCCUGUUCUGUCUUGAUCAAUAUACAAAUCAUGAACCAUGACUCCGGAUUGUUUGAGGCAUGCAUGAUAUGUGAGUGCCGGGUUCUGCAAGGAAGGACAACUGGACGGAACGCGAAAACGAAUUCAUAGAUUAUUGCUAAGAUGCAGUUGCUCUCUGCAUUUGAAUACAGGAUUGAGGAAACACAGCAAAUGUGUUAAACAUAGAAAUACCAUAAGCUGCUCAGGUUAUGGAUAAAGUGGAAAACUAUCAGAACUUCCUAAAUUAGUCGUCAGUUUGGUAUUGGCCGAGCCUAAAAGAUGCUAUCGUCAGUGAUGCAUUAUAUAUGAACGUUGUGGUCUUAAGUGGUCAUUGUUUCCACACAGCUGAAACACUUUGAUGGCUUAUAGGACAUGCGCAGAAACGCGCCAAGCGCGUGAAACAGCGUAGCAGCAUGAACAAAGACGCAUGUGAUGAUUUGCAAAUGACACCGCAAAUCAAAGGUGUUUUUUUUGGCAGUAAACUUGCCUAGAUAGGCAAAUGUGUUGUGCUUUAAAAGUAGAUAAAGCACCCUUCACCCGAUUCUUUGGAGCCUCUAGCGGUCUACAACGUUCUCGGGCUAUACCUCAACUCGACACGACGAAGGGCUGCGGCGGACCCUGAACGCUAAUUCCAGAAGUCAUGUUGCCUUCUGCGUAAGUGUCCCGUGCUGCAUCAUACGCAGUGCAAUUUGUCAUGCACUUUCAGCCAAAGCUUUC